AAGUGAACCUCCUGGAAACCCCUGAGCCCCAGCUGCAGGGCACGAGGAGAAGGGGGCCAGGGCAGAGAGAGAGCAGAGGGUUCCUGCUGUCACAGGUAUCUGAGAUGAAUCCCACCAGCCAGUUCCUUGGCACAACAGAAUAUGACUAUGGAUACGAUGAAAACACUGCUCCGUGUAACGAAGGAAACAACUUCCGCAGGUUUAAAUCCCUCUUUCUGCCAAUUCUUUACUGCCUUGUGUUUAUCUUCUGCCUCCUGGGAAACUCCUUGGUCCUCUGGGUCCUCCUGACCAGGAAAAGGCUGACAACAAUGACUGACAUCUGCCUGCUGAACCUCGCAGCCUCUGAUCUCCUCUUCGUUUUGCCCCUCCCUUUCCAAGCCCACUACGCUUCAGAUCAGUGGGUUUUUGGCAAUGUCAUGUGUAAGAUAAUGGCUGGCAUUUACUACACAGGCUUUUAUAGCAGUAUUUUCUUUAUUACCCUCAUGAGCGUAGACAGGUACAUAGCAAUUGUCCACGCUGUCUAUGCCAUGAGGAUACGGACAGCCACAUAUGGCAUAAUUAUCAGCUUGAUCCUGUGGCUGGUGGCUGGCUUGGCUUCUGUGCCCAACAUCAUGUUCAGCCAGGAGCUGGAGAUCGAGCAGGCUUUGCAGUGUGUCCCCACAUACCCUCCAGGUGACAAUACCUGGAAGGUUGCUUCUCAGUUUGCAGCCAAUAUCUUGGGCCUCUUGAUUCCCUUUAGCAUCCUCAUUUGCUGCUACUCUCAGAUACUAAAAAACCUGCAAAAAUGCAGGAACCAGAACAAGGUCAAGGCGAUCAAGAUGAUCUUCAUCAUUGUCAUAGUUUUCUUCCUUUUCUGGACUCCUUUCAAUGUUGCGCUGUUCCUCGACUCUCUGCAGAGCCUGCACAUCAUCAAUGACUGCCAGGCGAGCUCCCAGAUAGCUCUGGCCCUGCAGGUGACAGAAACCAUCUCCUUCAUCCACUGCUGCCUCAACCCCAUCAUCUACGCCUUCGCUGGCGUGACAUUCAAGGCCCAUCUUAAAGGCCUCCUUCAGUCCUGUGGCCGUGUCCUCUCCGGCCCUGCCGGCGGUGCCGGGGCUGGACAGUCGUUUUCGGCACCCAGCCAGCUCUCUGGCUGGUCUGACGGUGCAGGGGUGCUGUGAGCACACCUGAGCUGCCUUCUGCUGGUGUGAGGGGCUGGCCAAAGGUCUGCGGUGCUCCUGGAGGUUGUACCGUGCGUGCAGCAUCCCCGGGGAGACGCAGUACGCCUGUGCCUCUGGUUGGGAUAUGCUGUGAACUGCCACCUAAGAACUUGGGACAUUGGUUUCCCAAGAGAACCAGUGCAUUGUACCAUGGUGACCAUACAUUGCCACAGAAGAAUUUUUAAUCAUGUUUUAGAGCUCCUUUAAUAUGCUUCAGCAAGCAGACUGCUUCCUCUAGUAUCUAUUUUCCCGUCUGACAAAAGCGUCAUUUCUGCCUCACCCCCAAGUAUGCUCUGCCUUGUGGAAGCUGAAUCCCUACAUCCCUGGGACAAGUGUGUGACAGCCCUUGGGAAAGUGGGGAAGUGAACAGGCAUGGGAUUGCUUCAUAUUGCAAAGAGGGGAUCACCUCAGACACUGUCACAAUUUCCCCUUUGCCUCAGCUCCCAGAUGAAAAACGCCCUCAGCUCAGGACCCUGUUUGUUGUGGGAUGGUCCCAGGGGCACAGCCCUGGAAUCCUUGAAACUGCUGCCACCCAGAGCAGCCUUUGGUAGUGAUGCCUCCAAAAAUAUCAAUGCAAUGGCUCCAGGUGUCCCCCAUACUGGUCACUGGAGGUUUCUACACCUGAAAGUGUUGUCCUCAGAGCAGCUGGAGGCUCUGCAUCACCUCUGGAGUUGUGGGAGCUCCAACUCUGCACCUCCAGAGCUCACUGCUAAAUGUAACCAUCAUAAAAUGACCUGUAGCAAAGUAGGCUUCAUCUCUUUUCCCAAAUGUCUUUAUUUUCUGCGAUUUUAAGAAUGUUUUCUUCAAAUAAACUUUAGCUACACCUUUUUUGUCUUGGUUCUUGAUAGUCUGCCUAAUGACUCACAAGCCUCAAGUAGGGUAAGGAAACUUUGAGUUUGCUUAUUUUUGAAUGGGCAUCACAUAAAAUGCAUCUGAUGGAAUUGAGAGGCACACUGAAGCUCUUCAGCAAAGUAAGUUUUAUCUCCACUUUUCUGCUGAGGAGGCUUUGUUCUCCAAAUCCCAGUAAAAAGUCACGGGGAAACGAUAACAUUUAAAUUGAGGUAGUAUUACUGCAAACACAUUUUUUUAAGUUAAUCAAGAGAACACCUGAAAUGAGGGAAAACACAGCCUGGAUAUUGUUUUUUAAGAUUUUUUUUUUUUAAGGUAAUAAAAUUUUAAAUAUUUUCCUAUUUCUACCUUUCCUUCUGAAAAUAUAAUUUCAUGUUUUAAUCCUUCCUAUUUUUUUUAAAAUAACCUUAGUGCCAAGAUAUUCUUGCUAUUAAUUAUAUGGUAUAGAGAAUGCCUUUUCUUUUAUUACAGAUUGCAUAAGUAACAUUUCUAGGUUUUAUUCCCCAAUGGAUAAGAAAUGCCCUGCAACUCAAUUAUUAUAUUGUUUAUUUCUCAGAAAAUUUCUAUUUAGAAAUAAAUAUCUCUGUUUGUGCAUUUCUGUGGGGUUUUUUUGACUGCAUAGGGACUUUGAAAAGAAGUGUGGGUCAUCAUCUCAGGUCAGGUACCUUCUCCUUUUGGCCAGAUUUUGGAGUUGGGAUAAAAGCAUUUCUGUUUAAAAUAGUCAGUGACACUUAUUAUCAUUUUACCUGUUGAUCUUUCAGAUGAGGAAGGGAGAAGAAACAGAACUUAUAUCUGUAUAUUCUGCUUUAACUAAUAUUUACUAAUAUUUUGAGAAGAAAGGAUAAUGGAAAUGUUGUUUGACCAGCCCUCACCCCAUGGCACUUUCCCAAUGAACAGUAAGAUUCCCUCCAGGUCACAAGACAAGGCUCAAACUCUGGUUUCUUUUUUUUUUUUUUUUUGUACAGCUUCUACUGAAAUAAUACUCUAUGUGUGUGCAGCAGCAGAAUUUAGCCCAAAUUAUAUGUGAAGCCUUAAGCAAAGAGUAAAAAAUGUGCUUUGCUGGGCUCACUGAAGAGUUCCCCUCCCCACCCCCUAUCCUCUACUGCUCUAUUUAAAAGACAGGGGUUUAAGAAUUGAGGAGCGUAGAUCCAAGCCCCACAUCCUCUGCCCAAGCACAGGAAAUCACUCACAGACCCAGACUGAAGGAUCUGAGCACACUUCUCCCUUCAGCAGGCUACUGCUCUGUAUAAUGUGGCUGCAAAAAGCAAUUAUUAUUGCUUUUUUGCAAAAAAAAGGGGUAUUUUGCCCCUUUUAUUGUAAGAACUACUAGAACAGAGACACAAAUACACCCAGCAUCACCCCAAAGCACUUGUACACAGCAGAGAACCCAGAAGCAUUGUGCCUCUUCUCUAAACAUGAAAUUUUAAUUUUAAUGGUUUGGACCACAAGACCUCCACUAUUCUUGUAUGUGAUGGAAAGAAUCUAUGAAGACACUAAACAAUGUUCAAAAAUUUUGCACUUGGAUGCACUGAAAGGGUUCUGGAAAAGAGCAUUACACUCACAGGAUAAUAAUAAUGAACUGUAAUUGCCAUUUCUUCAAUUAUACUUUUUUUUUAGGCAGAAACUUGUCAGUGACAAUCUACUUUUCUCUGCAGGUGUAAUUAUCUUGGAAUAAAGCAGGUAGCAGAUGCACUAUUUCCUCAG